UAACUUUUCCGCCAGCAAAAUCAGUGCCACGCUCGGAGAAUGGAACUAUUAGCCAACGGAUACUCUCUCGCUUUUUCCUGGUGGAUUUGACGUUAAUGCCCACGAUCACAGGUAUUAUCAACCAGUUAAUUUGCCUUAGCCGUGAUUGAGCCAUGAUCACAUUUAUGACUUUUAGUUUAAGUGAUGGGAAUUCGUAUACUGAUUAGGUAGAUAAAAUACUUGGAUCGCGCUAAAACACAACACAACUACUACUAGAAAGUAGUAGUUUCUAGCUAAGCUAGCUAGCUACCUAACUAUUACCCACUUUUUUUAAUGUACUGUAUACUCUUUGCUAUAGUAUCUCCGGUGGCUGAAUUGAAACUGAACCUAGCUAUUGUUCCGUUUUUUUUUGUUUAGUCGGGUAAAGUGGGUGGCAUUGAGUGAAGUCGUGGUUUGCAAUGCAUCGCUUGGUGACAUUGGGAUGGGUCUUUUUUUGUGGUUUGGAAACGGUUCUCAAGGCAACCAUGGCCUGCUACUUUGAAGUCUGCCAAUGCUGCAAUCUCGAUGCCUCUCUGAAUUUCUGCUUCAACUGCCUUGGAUGAUAUAAACACAAGGGUAUCAAGUGUCCCAAGUGACAAAGCUUUCCAUAAGACGGACAUAGGCUUUCAGCCAGUAGGCUAGAUUCUAAGCCAUGGCUUUGGAGGUGGGCUUCAGAGGAGCAGCCAAUCAGGAUACUGGGUGACACCAGACCUGGCUAGAGGUCAGAGGUCAGAUCUGAGAGAGGAUGGAGACCAGAGGGCAACGCACAAGGGCAGGAAUUUUGUUCUGGACCCCCGCUCCUCAACGCCCCUCUCCCUUCAGCUCCAUAGGCUCAGAGGUGGACUGGGGGGAAGAGGAAGAGGAGGAUGAGGAAGGUUGGGACAGGAAAGCAGAAGAGGAGGAGGGCUUCCACACCCAGAUGGAUGAGAACGGGAUCAUAGGACUGGACGAGGCCUUGGAGGAUGUGGGUCCGGGAGGAGAGGAGAAUCCACCCCGGUACUCUGGAGCCUUGGAGGGGUCCCUGUCCCCCAGUAGGGCAGGUGGGCUGUGGCUGGUAGACCCUCUAGAGGAGCUGAGUUAUAACCUGAGUGAGCUGCAGGACUCUGAGCCACCUGGAGAGGACACGCACGCGCUCUCACUCUGUGACGAUGUAUUGGAGGACAAGGACAGUGUGGAGAUCUGGAGUGAGGAAGAGGAGCAGCAGCAGCAGAAGGUUGAACAGGAGAAGAGCUGCUUGGUCGACAGGCAGCGGAUGGAGCAUCUCCCAGAGAGAGACAGACAGCUGGACGUGACGGAGGACGAGAAGGAGAUAGAGGAGGAGGAGGACAGCGAGCCACACGCGCACACUGACAUGAUGGCAUAUCCUGUCAUAGCCGGGGCUGGGCCUGGCUGGGAUCAGGGCCUUAUUGUCAGAGGAGGAGAGUGGGGGAAGGAGGAGAGCGAGGUCUGUGCUGUAGGCAGUUAUAGGGCCGACCUACAAAUAGAGGAGACUAAUGAACUCUCAGAGAGUGACAGCAGAGGGGGGGAACGGUUGGGAGCGAGUGUGUCUGGAAACCUAAUUUUCCCUCCCGACCUGCUCUGUUCAUCCCCCCAGUCUCUCCCCUCCCCUCCCAGUUCUACCUUUCCUCACCUCCUCCACUUCUCCUCUGAGGAGUUGGCCUAUGCUCCAGGGAUUGAAGCCGAGACGUUCCCGGAGGAUCCCACCUUCACAGAGAGCCUUCCGGAAUCCCGCAGCAGCCGGAUGAGCAACGCCCCCAGGCCUCAUUGGCCGCUUGAGUCAGGGGGGGAGGAUCUCAAGCCUAGGACCUCCCCUUACCCAGCAGCUAUCUCUCCUGCGUAUGGGAUAUCUUACCAACUCAGCGAGAGAAAAGAGAGGGGUGGAGAGAGCCCACAGGAUGAGGCAGGCGUUAACCAUCGGCAACACCCCUAUCCGAGGAAGAUAAGACAGAGCUUAUCUGACACCCCACAAGCCAUGGUUUGUUCCUCUCAGAAAUCCUGGCAUGUACCCUCACAGUCCCCCCUUCACAGCAGCACCAAGGACUGUAACCACCAGACCCCCAGGGAGAGCCCCCCCAAACCCCAACCCAGGAGUCAUGACCUUGACAUGGACGAGGGCCGAAGAGGCCCACUGACCUACCCCACCCCAGACUUCUCCAAGGUAGAGCCCAGGGUCCACUUCCCUAAGAGCGGCUACACCCCCCCCAAGAGCAAAGGCUCCCCCAGAAAGAGGUCUCUUUCAGUGGAGCCCCCCCUGGUGUUCAAGUCCCCUGCUGACAUAGUGAGAGAGGUGCUGCUGAGCAGUACAGACGGACCCCAAUCCCCCUCGCCGCCCAACGGGCCCCGCAGGCCCCUGAACUCUAUGGUGCCAGAGGAUUUCAGAUGCCCACAACAGGCCAGCACUCUGGUACAGCAGCUGCAGGAGGACUACAACAGGCUGCUGACCAAGUAUGCUGAGGCAGAGAACACUAUUGACCGGAUGCGUCUGGAAGCCAAGGUGAGCCUCUACUCCGACCCUCCCAAGCCCAGUCACGCUGUCCAAUCAGGUGUACUCCAUGAAGGGUCAAAGGUCAUGACCCUAACUUUUCCCCACGCUCAGAGGGCGGAGCUCAGCUCAGGCUCUGUUUACCUAAAUGGACAGGCUGCCCACCAAGGAUAUAGUGGAGUCUCCUCUGUCUGUCCCUCCUCUGCGGCCUCCUCAUCCCCCAGAAGCCUGGGCCCUGGAGUUGGAGAGCAGCUGACCAGGGCUCUCUCAAAGCAGGCUGAGAGGUUCCUCCAGCAGGUGCAGACAUUUGAAGAGCUCCUGAGGAGAGGGAAACUUAAACCGUUUGAGCAGAUGAAGGGUUUGUCCCAGCUGCUGCAGGGGCAGGAUUCUCUGGAAAGAGGUUAUCUAGCAGCACGAGACGAACACAGACUUCUACUGCAGAGAGGGGCCGAGCUGGGCCCCUUUGACCCCGGCAGGGAGUUGGAGGGUCGUAUAUUCCAGUGUGGGAUGCGUGUGGAGGAGCUCAAGGAACAGGUGGAGCAGACUGAACAGGACCGGCCCACCUCAGAAGCCCCUCCCACUCCACCUCCUCACCCCACCCCCUUCUCCAUGCCUGCAGGGGGCAGCGAGCCCAUGCCACUCCCUGAGAGCCCAGUGUUACCUCUCCCAUGGGAGUCUGGGGUGGGGGUGGAGGUUAGCUCGGCCAGCGGAGAGAGCGAGGGAGAGGAGGGAGGGAUGCCGUCCCUGCUCCUCCAUCCCUUACGUCACGAACACAAACGCGUAGAGAGAGACUUCAGCAUGCUGAUGGACCACUACCAGAGUUUCAGGGAGCUGCCCAGACUGCUAGACCUGGAUCUGACAGAGGGAGACCAUGACUCUCCUGACACAGGAGAGGAAGCCACACAUUCAGGUGGUGAGGGGACAAGAGAGGGACCACACCCAAGGACAGGGAGGGAGAAGGGCCACACAAGUCUCGCUCAGAGACGGCCAAUGCAUGGUCAGCAGGAUGCUGCAUUCAUUCCAACGGCGAGACCAAGGACCAGCAAAUCACUUCCUCCUUCCCCAAAGGACCUCAGCCAAUCCACUGCAUUUCCUGACCUGCUGGCCAAUGACAGCAAGAGGUCCGAGGUCAGGAAGUCUCAUGGCAGCAGUCUGACCAGUUUGGGGGAGAGUGCUGCCUCAGAGAGGCGAGGCUCCAAACUGCAGCCUGGGACCAGGAGAGUGCCGUCCCAGGAUGGGAUCAUCUCACCAGAGACUGACAGUGGUUUUGUUGGCUCUGAAAGCAGUCGUCUGACUCCUGCAGCACCUAGUGCUCUCCACCAGAGGGCCAUAGCGAGGCUGUCAGUCCCUGAGGAGCAGAGCCCAGGGAAGCCCCAACACACAUCCCCCGUGUCAGGGCAGCCUCUCCCCUCUUCCUGCACCCCCUCACACAGACCACAGAGACCAACCUUGCUGGAGCACUGUGGAGGCUCUCGUCUGAGCACCCCAAGGCAGGUACGGGGGUCUUCAGGGAGAACCAGAGGGGAGGAAAGGAGGGGCACCUCAGCCUCCAGCUCCCCCCAGCACAGGGCCAGCAGGACCCCCCAGCCCUGGGCUGGCAGUGGCACCAGUGAGUUUGGACCAGACAGUGACCACAUCCACUCUGCGUCAGGGGAGGAUGAGGGACGAAGUGACCGUUCCACCCGAACAACCCAGCAUCGCUGCCAGCCAAGCCCCUCCCCCACUGCACCCUAUCACCAUGGCGAUCCCCUCCGAGCCCUGAGCUCUGGUCAGCUGACCAACCGCAAUGAGGCCAUCCAGUCCCUGCAGGCGGAGGUGGGCAGACUAAAGGAGCGACUAGAGGGCAGUCUGAGACAGACCAACCCUCCCAGUCCUGUUAGAGCGCCCCCCUCAGCCCAGGAUGGCCACACACACUCUCUCAGCUCAACACCUCGUACCAGGUCUGCUCAGCAAAGGAGGGAUGGUGGUAGAGAGGAGAGCAGGGAGGAGAGGAGGUGGGGUGAGGAGCAGCAGGUGGAGGAGAGGUCUCCCAGGUUGACUCCUAGAAGAUCAGCCUCUGUUCCCAGACAGAGACCUGAACUGGACAUCACGACAGAGUCGGAGCAUUUCCAGUCCACACCCAGACUUCGGUUCUCCAGGCGUAUCCCAGUGUCCCCUGCAACGUGGGGAGGCAGCCGUGGCAGAGCAGAGACCGUCAGGAACAGCGGAGCCCACACAAGGCAGCAUGUCAGUAUGUCUGUAGGUGGAGAUGGUGGUGAUAAACCUGACUGUAGAGGGAGGCAGGCCCCUGUGUGUCCACAAUGUUCCCCACAGACACACAGCCAUGGACACUCUACACGACCAGACGGGGGUGGUGGUGACACUGAGCCUAUCCACAGUCACACUGGUCUUCAUUCUCGCCACUGUCCUACGUGUGGAAGGUCUCAGACGUACCGGAGCACAAGCACGAAACACGACCGACGGACAGAGAGCGACUCAGGUCCCGCCCACAGAGGCAGCUGGCCAAUGAGCUCCCCCCACGGUGAUGUGAGAGGCGUAUACUUUGCAGCGCCGCCCCCUCCUGUGCUGGGCAGUGUGCCGCUGGUCCAGUGUAUGCCAGUGUGCCCGCCAGUUCUGUACUACUCCAGCCCUGUGAUGAAUGUAGCUCCAUCCCAGCCCCAGCCCAUCUACGUGUCUCUGGGUGGGGGUGUGGCCACUGGGGUUAGGGGUCAUCAUGAGCAGGUCCGAGGUAGAGCUGGCCAUUCCCUGUCUGCUGACCAGCGCUCUCUGAGCAGCUCUCUGAACCAUGCCAUCGAGGCGGCCAGGGGGAUGAGGGAGGCCUCUCGACGCAUGGCCCGCACCAUCGCCACCGGACUGCACCACCAGGAGGCGCUGUCACUGUCCUGCAUGUACUGAUGGACCAGACCAGACACACACACCGGGGGUUGUGUUCAUUAGUGUACACUGUAGCAAAAAUGUUUUGCAACUUAAAAAGGAGAACAAGCGUUUCUUAUUGGAGACGUUCAGGUACUGGUAGUCCCUCCCCGUUUCGGUCUGUUUUCUUACGUUUGGUGUCUAGUGAAUAUGACCCUGGCAAGUCUUUGGACCAGCCACUCUGUACUGACAUGGACAUUUCUAAAUGUGAAGUUAUUGUACUGUGCACCUAGUAUAACAGUUCGGUAUUUGGGGUAACAUGAAGUAAGUUCCUGGGUACAGAUCCUGGGGCCUCAAGCCAGUCAUUCAGCUGCAGGUUUCUUGGUUGCAGGGAGUGAGGAACUACAGACCCUUGACAUCAGUAUUUGAUCAUCACCCAGUGGCUCAGCACUGAUAGGAAAGUAGGGUCUACAAACUGUACUUUAUACAGGUUACUUACUACAGGUUACAGCUUUAGAUGAAAGGUGGAGUGGCUAUGUUGCGAUCUCAGGUAUCAUAUAGAAACAGCAGUUGUGGGUUCUGGCAGCUUAAGUGGACAACAGUAGCAGUUCAUCUCGUACUCAUAAAAAUGCACUAGAAUCUGCAUAUUAAUGAUUUACGUUUCGAAAUAACGGACAUCUGCACAUGUUUAGUUUACUAUGAAACCUGGAAUUAGUUUUGGACAUUUGUUUUGUUACAUUUGUACAAUGGAUGUGAGACAAAGAAAUGAAAUUGCUGCUAUGGAUCUUCAGAUGAGAUGAAACAUUCACACAUUUUCCCCUAAGUUAUUGAUUUUAAAUCGGGGUUCCUCAGCUGGCGGCCUGCAGGUGGCUUCAUUUGGAAUGAUGUUUUUUAUCAAACAUAUCCGUUUCAGUCUACCAUUGAUUUGGAAUUAUGUUCCAGACCUUUCGCUCAACAAAAAAGAAAUCGUCGCACGGCUGAAUCAAGUUGAUGAUCCCGGUUCUAAAUGGUUUGUUUCAAUUUUAUUCUUCAUCAUUUGUGUAAUAAUGAGUUAAUAACGUUAGUAAUUGGUCGUAUUUUUAUAGGUGUCUUAGUUUGUGUUGAACACAAAAAUUAGACUUUAGGUAUACACAUUUCUAUGAUUUCGGAAAUGCAGAUUUAAAAAAAAUAUAUUAAAAAAAAACCUGGCUUAUGUACUUUGAUUAUCCAAUUAUUUUUUUUAACUAAUAUUUUUGUAGCAAAAUCUUUUUAUUUUUGCUUUGAUGCCAAAUAAAUGUUGAUGGUGAAACAACUAAUAGUUAUUAAGUAAGGCUGAUGUCGGCUGUGACCAGAUUGUUACUUUUGGCCAUGAACUGCAGGUACAGUAUGGAUAAAUCACCGUCAGAGACCCGUCCGUACACACUGAGGUUGUACAACCAUUUUGCUACAUCGCAGCGUUUCUCUGCAUAAAGAAAUAAUAACACAAGCAUUGAAGAGACACUACACAAUGGAUGUAUACACUUGUAUCACAGCCAUCAUGUAAAAUGUGCUUGUAGAUCAGUCGUACAACCUGGGUGUGUAUGGGGUCAGAGGUCUUCAGGGUCUGACUGCACAAUGUGAGCCGGAAAAUGAGAGGGUUAACUCCGAUACACUACAGUGAAGAACGGCAGAAUUGCAAACAGAGUACCUUACAAUGUAGCUACAGUAAGAACGUGCUGAGUCUCUCCUUGUAAUGGAAGCCAAUUUAUUAGACAGCCUUGGUACAUUGGUACACAUGAAGUAUACUUCUGUUUGUGCUUCAACACUCGCAAACAGAAUCCCAAUGAGUUAAACAGGUUUAGGACAGACUUACAUUUUUUUUUCUCUCUCUGAUAAAUAACUCUUGAUAUACAUGAAUUGAAUAGACAGAGACCCUCUACAACAGCAACUGAUAAUAGGAAACAAUUCAAAUUCAAUUAAGCGUUUGCAUCACGGAAAACCCAUAGUGCAAUAUACAACCUGUUUGGCCAGGAAAGAGAAAUAAAAAAUAGAUAUAAAA